AUGGCUAUGGCUAUUACCUCUGGAGGAGGUGCGACUGGUGGCAUCGUAUUCCCCCUCGUGGCGCAACAACUCCUCCCUAAGUUAGGCUUUCCGUGGACGAUGCCGGUUAUGGGAUUCAUUAUGCUCGCCAACGCCAUGGUGGUUAUAGCCUUCAUGCGUGGGAGGCUUCCCCCAAGAAAGAGUGGCCCCAUCGUCGAAUGGUCAGCGUUCCGAGAACUGCCUUACGUGCUGUUCUGCAUUGGUGGCUUCCUCAACUUAUGGGCGGUGUACUUUGCCUACUCUUAUAUUAGCACAUUUAGUCACGAUAUCAUUGGUGUCUCUGCAUCCACCUCACUAACAGUCCUAUUGAUCACGAAUGCCGUUGGUAUACCAGGCCGUGCGAUCCCAGCCUUCAUAGCUGACCGGUAUACGGGUCCCCUGAGCAUGUACAUUCCAAUGUCUUUGGCGGCAGGUAUUGUCCUUUAUGGGUGGGUGGCGGUGCAUGACUUUCCUGGCCUCCUAGCCUUUUCCGUUUUGUACGUGGACCUUAGCAAGAUGGGAACCCGCACGGGUAUGGUCUUCCCGAUUGUUUCGUUAGCAACGCUGACCGGGCCUCCGCUGGCCGGAGCCCUGAUAGGAUUACGGAACGGUGAUUUCCUCUAUGCCCAGAUCUUUGGCGGAACUGCAUUUGUCGCAGGAUCGUUGAUAUUAGUUGGCGCGAGAUUCGCACAUACACGUUCCGAUUGGAGGCGUCAGAUAUAA